AAAGGCAAAUAUAUGAGUGCCAGUGUGCCACCUACAUCCAUAUCCAAAACUAGUGACUGGUCACAUUUAUGUGAUAGUCAGCAGAUGGGCAAAGAGAACACAUACUUCUGUUGAAAUGGCAACCAGACCGGCCCUCUCUUCUUCUCUCAGUACCAAAGUUUCCGUUUUACCCAAGUUAUGGUCACAGAAUCCCCUCACUUACAUGCCUGCUUCGCUGAAGCCAAGAGUUUAUCAUUUCAAAAUUCAUGCUAACUUGGGGGAAAGUGAUGGAGAAGUCAAGCCAAAAGGAAAAAGAAAGUUUGUUACAAGAGAAGAAGAACCAGACCAGUUUUGGCAAACAGCAGGAGAAAGAGAAGGGGAGAAUCCCAUGAAGACCCCUAUUCCUUACAUUAUAAUAUUUGGUAUGUCAACUCCUUUCGUAAUCUUAGCCAUUGCUUUUGCUAAUGGUUGGAUUAAGGUACCUGUUCGAUGAGUAGCUAGUUAAAGAGAGGCAAAAUAACAUGAUCAAUUUGAUUUUGGUCCUGUCCA